UUUAGUUAGAAACGUAAAGUUUCCCAACAACAGACAAUUUUUUUUGUCUUUUAGGACAAAUUUAGCGGUUAAAAAGAGCUUGUUUUCUCUAAUAUAACAUGGCGCAGCCUAAGAGAAUUACUCAAGAGACGUUUGACACUGUAGUUCGUGAAAAUAUCGAUGAAUUUGACAUGGAUUUAGACGAAGCUGUUGWGGAUGCCAAACAACAGUUUGAGUCUCAAGGCGUUGAUCUGAGUAACUUGAUUACUACGUAUGUGAGAGAGCCAGGAAGUGAUGGAUCUGAUGGAAUAAGGCACAGUAAUCCAGUCAAAGAUUUACUUGAUAAAAUCAAAUCAUCUAUGGAGACUAAUAAUACAGAACAAYUGGCAGAUGCAUUGGAAAAAUUUCAGUCAGAAUGCAAUGGCAAUGAAGAAAAGAARAAAUUUGCCACACACAAUGGAGGAUUAGAUACUCUAGUGUCAUCUUGCAGGCAUUUGAAGUCAACACCAGAACAUUUGGUCAAAGGACUUGAAGCCUUAAGCUCCCUAGUAAAUGGACAAGCUAAUAUACUUGAUAAAGAUGCUAUAGAACUCUUGUAUGGGAUCCUCAAGGACUACAGUGAAGACUCUAAAGUUUUUGAGAAAGGAUUAAAAGUAGUAAGACUUAGUUGUAUUAAAAGUGAAUCAAACCGGCAGACCUAUGUCAGUCUGGAUAUCAUCCCUUAUUUGGUUAACACUUUGAAAAACCAGAAGCCAAGCCAGGCGUGGAUCAUCAAAGAAAUUUGURCAUUGUUGCGAGUUUUGACAUUUGAUGAUGACAUGAGUGUUCCGUUUGGAAAGGCACAUGACCAUGCAAAGCUCAUUGUUGCCGAGAACAUCUUUACUGUCAUUCUUGACAUCAUGGAGGACGUAAGGGGGGAUAUUGGUACACUCAGUGAGCUGUGUUCUACUCUUGGACGACURUUUGUUAGGGAUGAAUACUGUAAAGAGUUUGUGGACAUUGGAGGACUAAAAAGGGUCUUGCGAUUAUUAGAAGAAAAUAUUGAACAUCAGACAAUAGCCAAGAAUGUGUGUGCAGUACUAAGAGCUGUUUCAGGCAAUGAUGACGUAAAGAUAACAAUCAUUGAAUCACAAGGGAUGGAGUUGAUUAUCAUGGCUAUGAAAGCACACGAGAAGCAAGCAUUUGUUGCAGAACAGGGUUGUGCCGCCCUCGCUUCCAUAUCACUCAGAAACCCAGCUAACUGCAGGGCCAUUGUGAUGGCUGGUGGACCAGAGGCUAUCUUGAAAGCUAUGCAACUUCACAGUGAUGWGGUUGGUGUUCAGAAACAAGGCUGYCUGGCCAUUCGUAACUUGGUAGCACGAAACCCUGAGAACUGUGAGCCAAUACUUAGUGCAGGAGGGGAAGUCCAAAUACGACAUGCUUAUCACAAGUUCUCAGAGUGUGCAGAUCUGGCCAARGCAGCUCUUAGAGACCUUGGAUGUGAAGUGGAGUUGAGGGAAUUGUGGACUGGUCAGGGAAGGCAGUUGGCUGAGGAUAGGUAGUAAAAUGUAUGUGUGGUAGGCUAUUGAUUGUACAGUAGAAAAAUGUGUGAAACUAAAGUCUGUUUAAAAUUAAGAUUAGGUUAAAAGACGGUAAUAAUAUCAAUCUUCUUGUCACUGCUAAUGUGUAGUUUCAUAAAUUAUCCAUACCCCCUCCAGGAAAGGUCCCUACCCCUGGAAAUUCCAAUUUUCUUCCAUACAAACUCUGUAAUUUUGUUUUUCUCUGACCCCUCUACCCCUCACAAAUCCCAAAUUCCUCUGGGGGGAGGGGUAUGGAUAAUUCCUGGAACCACACAAUAAUACAUGAAAUUCUGCAACAUGUUCGUAAAACAUGCUUUUUUCAAGAUGAGAAGUAUGAAAUGUAAUGAAAUAUUGUAUUUGAAAUGUUUUGUAGGAAACACAUGAAAUGCUCCAGUAAAUGUAUACCAGCAUUUCAGCAUUUCAGCAUGAUUCUUGCAUCAAGUUGUAUUUUAAUAUAGCAAGAUUCUUUUKUUUUUUWWWAAAAUGUAGGAUAUUGAGUUGUAUAGAAYGGUCUGAACCCAGGUGAAUGAAUGUUAAUUGAAGUAAUAUGAUCAUCCGGGU